ACUCUGUAGAGCAAUCGCCAAUCGGCAGCUUCGUCAUCCCUCGUCGUCGGAUUGUACGCUCCAGCUCUCCAAGAUUUGCCUUGGCUUGCCGUGCCCUGCGGGAGCCAAGCCAAGGACGGCUAGCGCUCGCCACGCGCGAUGUCCGGGCUUCCUCCGGCCGCGCGACCGCUGCUACCGUCUCCCUGCGCCUCUUCCUCCGUUGUUCGGGCGAAGGCAGCGUCGGCAUGCUGCUCCAGCCUAAAGCAGUCGCGCCCAGGCCGAAGUGCUGCCGCCCGUUCCACCGUCGCCGCGCGUCAGGCCGCGCCGCUCUUGGCUGCGGCGCUCGUCCUUGUAGCGGCACCCCCUGGCCUGCCUGCUGCUAUCUCACCAGCAUUUGCACAGCCAGUUUCAGAAGGCGCAGCGCUGUUCCGGAAGGCUUGUAUUGGUUGCCAUGACAUGGGAGGAAACAUUCUACAGCCAGGAGCCACUCUUUUCCUGAAGGACCUCGAGAGAAACGGAGUUGCCACGGAGGAGGAACUGUAUAACAUCACAUACUAUGGGAAAGGAAGAAUGCCCGGUUUUGGAGAGAAAUGCACCCCAAGAGGACAGUGCACCUUCGGCCCCCGGCUAUCGGAAGACGACAUCAAGAUCCUAGCUUCGUUUGUCAAGUCGCAAGCCCAGAACGGGUGGCCGAAGAUUGAGGGGGAUGGAGAUUGAUCAAACUGAAAAAACGAUGAGAAGACGGUGCUUGUUAGUCAGAUGAAAAUGGUGACGGGAAGAUAGUGUUUGUAUAGUUUAGGAAUCUGGUCUUUCUGAACUUGUAACCUUUUAGUCUCUGUUUCUGAACUGAACUUGUAACCUUCUGGUCCGUGUUUCAGUUUUCUGAACUUCUAUUCCAGGCAGAGUCCACACCUUUUCCAGCCAGCCGAACAAGGCUGACACUGACAGAGUUCAGUGCUCAGGCAGGGUCCCCAACAAGUCGCAGUCGCAGCUCAGCUCCUCUGAUCGAGGGUUGGUGAGUUCGGUUGGUGACGCCGCGCGAACUGCUACCAGGCCUGGCGUGGCGUCGGCGUGGUUUAAACACGAAGAAACCCACGCCCUCCGUCGCGCGGCUGCUGCUGGUGCGGAGGGGAGGUGGUGGGGAAGGAAAACGGCGUCGCAACUCCCCCGCCCGCCUCGAACCGACAUGUUGCCGCGCACGCACUCCCACCAGGCGCGGCGGCGCUCCGGCCUGGGCCCGCAGCUCUGCGCCGCAGCGGCCGCGCUCCUGCUGCUCCUCUCCCUCGCCGUCCUCCACUCGCGCCUCUCCUCCUCGUCCUCCUCCCGCUUCCCCACAUCCGCAUCCCGCUCCCGCCCCUCCACGCCCGCGGCCGACUCCAACUCCUCCGCUCUCCUCGCCGACGAGGAGGACGAGGACGUGGCCGCCGCGCUCGACCCGCUGCUCACCGUCACCACCACCGCCGCCGAGGGCGAUUCUCUCGCCAACCCCGACGACGACCGCAUCGAUGAGCUCGACGUGUUGGACGAGGACGCCGCGGGCGCCAACGAGGCUGACUCCGCCUCCGCCUCUACGGUGGGGGCCGCCACGCCCCUCGUAUGGGACCACGUCACCGGCGCCGCUCGCCUGCCGUUCCGCCUCCCCGCCUCCGUCGAAUCCCUGCCCGCGGGGCUGCCGCGGCUUGACUCCCCGCGCCGGAUCGCCGCCGCAGCCUUCGGAUCGGACGACGAGCUGGUGGAUCUGGAACUGCGGGUCGAGAUCUCGUCCAUCGCCGGUAUCGAGGACGCGCUUCUCCUGAAGCCCGCCUCUGGUAAGGCCGCCGAGACGCGGCUCCGCGCCGGGUGGGCACGCUGGCUGGAGGGGAAGGCCGACUACCUACGGCGCGAUCGGAUGCUCCGCUCCAACCUGGAAUCCCUCAAUCCGCGCAACCACCCGCUUCUCCAGGAUCCGGACAGCCCCGGCCUCACUUCUCUCACCCGCGGCGACCGCAUGGUGCAGCGAAUGCUACUAGCCGAGCUCGACAAGCCCGCGUCCAAGAGCUUUGAGCGGCGUAGGCUUCUAUCUUACGAGAACAAGCAGAGCAUGACAACAACUGUGAAGGAGAAGCCGCAGACGGGAAGGAGGUGGGGAUAUUUCCCGGGGAUCGAUCCACAUUUGGGAUUCUCAGAGUUCAUGGAGAGGUUCUUCGAGCAUGGGAAGUGUUCCAUGAGAGUGUUCAUGGUGUGGAACAGCCCGCAGUGGGCGUAUGACAUCAGGCACCAGAGGGGACUGGAGAGUCUACUCAAGCAGCACCCAGAUGCCUGUGUAGUCAUGCUAUCGGAGACACUGGAACUAGAGUCCUUCCACCAAUUCGUCAAGGAAGGAUAUAAAGUUGCUGUUGCAGUGCCGAAUCUUGAUGAGCUUUUAGAAAGCACUCCAACUCACGUAUUUGCAUCAGUGUGGUAUGAAUGGCGGCAGACAAAAUAUUACCAUUUGCACUACAGUGAACUAGUACGCCUUGCUGCCCUUUACAAAUAUGGUGGAAUAUACCUUGACUCUGAUGUUAUUAUUCUUAAACCUUUAACAUCGCUCCGGAAUUCUAUUGGUGCCACAAAUCAUGUCUCUGGAAAUUCCCGUUUUGGUGGGGCUGUGUUAGCAUUUGAAAAACAGAGCCCUUUAUUGGAGGAGUGCCUUAGGGAAUUUUAUUCGACAUAUGAUGAUACCCUCGUGCAGUGGAAUGGGGCUGAACUUAUGACAAGAGUGAUAAGCAAUAUUUCUAGCAGAGCAGAUGAAAACAGGGGGCAUCUUGACAUUAAGUUGGAGCCCUUUGUUAAAUUUUACCCUAUAAGCUCUACUGAUAUUAUACGAUAUUUCUCAGAGCCCGAUAACAUGGUCCAAAAAGCACAUCAUGAUGCAAUCUUUUCUAGGAUCGUGAAUGACUCUACCACUUUCCAUUUUUGGAAUGGCAUCACAUCUGCUCUAGUUCCUGAACCCGGCAGUCUUGUUUCGAAAAUCCUUAACCGUUACUGUCUCCAUUGCCUUGAUGUUUUAUAGUUGCAACAGUCUGAAGCUCCUGCUAAGAGCUUUAUUUUGGUUUAGAACAGGUACACAGAAGAAAUCUUUCAAUGAGGUACUCAGAAUGGCUAGUAUUGCUGAAUCUUGCAAAACAUUGUGAUGGGGGGAAAAUUACCGGCAGCACUGUGUAUAUAUUCUUUUCACUAAGGUUUGUGCCGGAGCUGCGCCUGCAAAGUCCAAGCAUGUUGACUUGACUAGUUAUUGUCGAUAGCAAAAGUCUUCCUCCUGGCAAUACAGAAUGCAACAACUGAAGACACUUGGAACUAGAGAGUUUUGACUAGUUCGGUACCCCUUCUAUAUUUGCACAUAUACUGAUAAUUUUCACAAUUUGAUAUUUUGAAAAUAACAUGAUUCGUGUAAGACAGUAGAAAUUGAAGGACCAUAUACCGAAUUCACUGGGUUUAUCUAGAUGUUUGGUAAACUUUUAUUUCUCAGAG